AUGACAGUUUUUUUUCUUUGUGUGGUGGUGGCGAUGACUCGGGAUGUGGAGUGGGGGGAAGGGGGGGAAGUACGAAGUAUGUACAUAAGUAUGCACAUGUGCGUGCAGAUGGGGGCGGACAUUUUGUUUCAUGACGCGAAGGCCGUGAGCCAUGUUUGGAAUGCAGGAUUCCCAGAUUCCUAG